AUGCUCAACCUCUCUGGGUGGCUAGACGCUCUCGCUCAGACCGACAGGAAGCCUUGCCCGAGGCGUCGACCGCUCCCGACAGCGCCCUGUCUGGGGCGUCCUCUGCCGUCCAGCGACCAGAUAGAUCGACACGCAGAACGACGAGCGAACCAAGCUCGCAAGCCGCACAUCCUCGACUCAUCUCUUGCCAGCGCCGUCGACACUCCGCUCGCCGAAGACCCUCCUCCUCCCGCCGAACCAACCUCUCCACCCGUCGGUUCCUCUGCUUCUGACAGCAAAAGCUUCUUCGGGUCGCUUGGAAGACGGAGCUCUGUCGGGCUGAACAAGAAGGGGCGGUAUGAGCCGUUCGAGGUCCUGCGGGCCAUCGAGAAGAAGGACAUCAUGCUCCUACACGAGGUCAAGAUGUCGCAGUUCGACUUGCUCAUCACGGGGACGCCGUUGCCGCUGGUCUAUGCGAUGCGGCUAGGCAAGAGCCACCACGACGUCGCGAUCAUCCUUGUCGGGGCCAUGUCUCGCAAGGUCAACGACACCUCGGAUGACGAGCUUGCGCUGAUGCAGCCGUCUACCAAGGCGACGCUCCGAGCACUUCGAGCGAACCUCAAAAUCGCCAUUACCGCCUCGCUCUCCCUCCCGCACGACCUGGGCGACACCUCCCUCCUCUCUUCCUUCCUCCAAGUCAUUGUCAUGCUCGAAGGCUCGCGCUUCCUCCUCUCGUCAACCCAAACCCUCUCGCUCGCACUCCGCUCACCACGCGAAUCGAAGCCAGUCGAGACGGCGCAGAAACUGAUGCACAAGUGGGUCAGCCGCGAGCUGAAGGAGCGACAGGUGGCAAGUGUCGAGGAGUACAUCGCGAACGGGGUCGGGGAUCUUGUGCUCCUGGGACUGUGGAGUGUCGUGCAGGACCAGGUGAAGCAGGCGGAAACGAUCCCGCUGUGGUUCUUUGCGCGGGACGACCGGAUACAGAAAGCCGUCGAAGAGCGACUAUCAGACCUACGACGCACCUCCCCCGCCGCCCUCUCGCGCCUCUCGCGCACCGUAAAAGCGCAACUCGACACGGCGCUCGAGAUUCUCGGCCGACGCAGCUUGAACGGGCGAGAGAGGGUCGAGAAGCUGAGAAGGGCGCUCGACGGGGGCAAGAAGGUGUGA